UCAGCAGAGACCCACCUGAUCAUCGGCAGCCUUCAGGGCUGGACGUGCACCUGUGAGUAUAUAAGAGAGCAGAGCUCAUUCAGAAAAACACAGCAAGAGAGUGAUUCAUUCACAAACACCAGGAAAAAAAAGUGCUCAGAUAGAGAAAGAAGAGAACAGGGGUGAGGAGCCGAGAUAAGACCUGGAGAUACGCAAAAAGAUUUGAGACCAGAGAGACUUCUGCGAAUUGACAGAGUAAAGAUGCACAAUCCCUCUUGGUUUUUGGCUACAGCGAUUCUGUGUUUUUAUGGAUUUUAUGUAGAUGGGCACUGCUUGGAUUUGGCAGAUUGCCUGGACCUUGAAUCUAAUGAACAAAGAUGGCAAUGCAUCAAUCAAUGCACAAGUGCACAAGAACACUCCAAUUAUGGAAGACUUUCUUUACCUGAACAGCAAAGCGAUGAGGAAGAGGUUGAGGAAGAGAGCCUCAGUUUGGGCCUGCUCCUAUCGGCUCUGUCUCCCGUCUUAAACAAGGCCCAAGACCCCAAUGAAGAACCCCUCCACAGCGAGGACAGAAGGUCUUACUCCAUGGAGCACUUCCGCUGGGGGAAACCCAUGGGCCGUAAACGUCGUCCAAUAAAACUAUUCACCAACGGGGCUCUGGAGGUGGAACCAGAGGAGUCCACGGAGGCUGUUCGAGUCGAGCGAGGACAGGGAACAACCAUGGACGUUCAACAAAGGAAUAACGUAAAGAGCAACGGCAAGUACCGCAUGACCCAUUUCAGGUGGAACACCCCGCCUGAGAAACGCUACGGGGGGUUCAUGAGGCCAUCGUCAGAGCAAUCCCACAAGCCCCUGCUCACGCUGAUACGUAAUGUCAUUGUUAGAGACGGACAGCAGUUGAAAAUUUAAGUAGGGAAAGAAAAUGGACAGAAUAUUCAUACAUUAACAUGUCAUCUUAUUUUCAAAAGCUUCCUUGGAACAACCAUACAACGUACUACAAACACAAAUAAAGCAUAAAAAAAAGAAAAGAUCAA